CAUUACAACUGUGAUCCAGUACAAUUCUAACCUUCCCUCGAGCAAUUUGUAAGCAGUUUAGUUGAAAAUGAAUAAAGUUGAAUUAAUUUUUGUCAGCGCUUUGCUCUUAGCGCCACUCGCCACCACUUCACCCCUCGUGAAACGUGCAACGGACACUGAUACAUCUAAAGGAAUCGAUCCAAAACUACAUCUUGGCGUUUACGUUCUAAGCGAAGUGGCGAAAAUUGGCAAAUGGUUACUGGAAGAGGGCAGUGUGGUUGUCAGUAAUGCCGUUAAGGAACUGAAUGAGAUACCCGAAAAGGAUGAGCUUUUGCAGGCGAAUAUUACACGCAUGGCGAAAAUUGGCAAACAAGCUGCUGAAUUCAAAUUGGACGACAAUGAAGACAGCGUUAUGAAACUUUUUGAGAACAUGGCUAGCUUAGCAGAAAUGAUGGCAGAUUAUGAAAGUAUGGCCGAAAAUACCAAAUUGAAACAAACAUUAAGGAGAGCAUUAGAUAAUAAUGGUUAUAUUAAGCUCGACAGCGAAUUGGAGCAAAAAUUUACCGCUUUAAGUAAAGAUUUUGAUAAAGUCUUUACUGUGUAUCUCCAAUCGCUGUCUUCUAAUGAAAGGUUAAAACAAUCUAAAUUAAUUAAUUGGUAUAACGAUUUCCUUGAUGAAGUUAAUGAAGAAAAGAAACUUGAAAAACUUAGUGAGCUUUUCGAUUUGCUCAAUUAGAGCUGGGAAAAAGUGUCUAACAGUCUAAAUAAAAUGAAUAUUAUCAAUGAA